UUGCCCAUGGUGCAUUGCACGGCCCGUUGCCAGGAUACGGUACAUUCUACUCGGUUGUGCUGCUCUCGCUGAAACCGUUUGACGCAGAUGAUCGUGUUUAGACUGAAGUUCUUCUCUGUAACUUCACAGUUAAUCACAUAGAGACAGGACGUUUAUCUCUCUUAGUUUUUAUCCCGGGACACUUCGUGUUUACACAGUCAAACCGUGUCACGGCUCGGUUUGUUACUAGGCGGCUAACGUUAGCUCUGUGGCUUCAGGCCGCGGCGGCGAACAGUCGGUGUUAACGGGCAGAUAAACGGUGAAUCUGACCCAAAGCGGCGGAUACAUGAGCGUAACCCGGUGACCCGUCGGUGUCCUAUGGAGCGGGCUGACCGGGGGAAAGACGCCCGCCUGCUGAAGAACCAGCCGUACGACGAGAGCCUGGAGGUGAUCGACUCCGAGGAGGUAGCGAGCGUCUACAGCCCGACCCCAGGCAGCCAGCGCCAGUCAGAGUCCAGGAGGAGCAGGGGGGGUCGCGGACUGAUGUCGGCCAACAGCAGCAGCGACGAGUUCCACGAGGACCACAAGCCUCAGAGGCCCAGGGAGGUGCUGGGGGGUCAGCCCGGGGUCAGCCCCAACGAGGAGGAGGAGGAGGAGGAGGAGGAAGACGAGGAGGAGGAGGACUCUGAUGAGGAGGACACGGACGAUGACGACGAGCCGGGACAGGCUCCGGAGGGAGCGUACGACCCGGCAGACUACGCCAACCUGCCAGUCAGCACCGAGGUCAAAGAGCUGUUCCAGUACAUCACACGGUACACUCCUCAGUCCAUAGACCUGGAGCACAGUCUGAAGCCCUUCAUCCCAGACUUCAUCCCCGCUGUGGGCGACAUCGACGCCUUCCUGAAGGUGCCAAGGCCCGACGGGAAAGCGGACGGUCUGGGUCUGCUGGUUCUGGACGAGCCCAGCGUCAAACAGUCGGACCCCACGGUGCUGUCGCUGUGGCUGUCAGAGGAGAGCAAGCAGCACGGAGCCACCGAGCUGAAGAAGGUGACGAGUGUAGCGAGUCCUCAGUCGAACCCUCGGGUGGUGGACAGCUGGGUGGAGAGCAUCAGCGCUCUGCACCGCUCCAAGCCUCCGGCCAGCGUUCAGUACGUGCGUUCGAUGCCGGACAUCGACAGCCUGAUGCAGGAGUGGCCGGCCGAGCUGGAGGAGCUGCUGGGCCGCCUGAGGCUGCCUCCCGCCCGCCUGCGCUGCAGCCUGACGCAGUACGCCGACGCCGUCUGCGCCCUGCUCGACAUCCCCGUCUACAGCAGCAGGAUCCAGUCUCUGCACCUGCUCUUCAGCCUCUACCUGGAGUUCAGGGACUCGCAGCACUUCACCCGCCGAGCUCAGACCUGACGGAGGCAGGAACUGAAACAGACACUGAGAAGCAUCAGGUCUGUGGAGAACCAGAGUCCUGAUCAAACUGUCCCUGAUUCAAACUGUGUCUCUCCUCUGUUCUCUGACUCUUUACUCUGUGAUCUUAUCAAAUAAACGUUAAUAAAAGUCCCACAGCUGAA